GAAGCCUUUCACAUGUCAACAUUGCGGAAAGAGUUUCAUUCAGAAAGCAACCCUUAAAUCCCACAUGAUGAUUCACACCGGAGAGAAGCCUUUCACAUGUGAACAGUGCGGAAAGGGCUUCAUUCAGAAAGCAAACCUUAAUUCCCACAUGAGAGUUCACACUGUAGGAAGCCGUUCACAUGUGAACAGUGUGGAGAGAGUUUCAAAUAUAAAGACACCCUUGAUUCCCACAUGAACAGUCACACUGGAGAGAAGCCGUUCGCAUGUGAUCAGUGUGGAAAGAGUUUCCUACGUAAAGUGUCCCUUAAUUUUCACAAAAAGAGAAAACACUCAGACCUGAUGGCACGGAAAGAAGAGAAUCAUGAACUGAAAGAAAUAGAAGAGGAAGAUCAAUAUAAGAGACAUGAUUUCAUGGAUGAAGAAAAAUCCAUACAGACUGAAAUGACUUCAAAAGUUCAGAAGACCAAAUCUAACAGUAACUUCACCUGCUCUCAUUGUGGAAAGAGUUUCAAUCAAAGAUAUGACCUUAAAAUCCACAUAAGAACUCACACUGGAGAGAAGCCUUUCACAUGUCAACAGUGCGGAAAGAGUUUUAUUAAGAAAGCAAGACUUAAACAACACAUGAAGAGUCACAAUGGAGAGAAGCCUUUCACAUGUCAACAGUGUGGAAAGAAUUUCACUCAAAAAGGAAGCCUUAAACAACACAUGAUCAUAAUUCACAGUAGAGAGAAGCCCUUCACAUGUGAACAGUGUGGAGAGAGUUUCAAACAUAAAAAAACCCUUAAUUACCACAUGAACAAUCACAAUGUAGAGAAGCCGUUCGCAUGUGAUCUGUGUGGAAGGCGUUUUCUACAUAAAAUGUCCCUUAAUUUCCACAAAAAGGGAAAACACUCAGACCUGAUGGCACUGAAAGAAGAGAAUCAUGAACUGAAAGAAAAGAAAGAUCAAUACAGAUUGAUACAGACUGAAAUGACUUCUUCACGAAAAAAUGUUCAGAAGACCGCAUCUAACACUAACUUAACCUGCUCUCAUUGUGGAAAGAGUUUCAAUAAAAGACGAAACCUUAAAAUCCACAUGAGAACUCACACUGGAGAGAAGCCUUUCACAUGUCAACAGUGUGGAAAGAGUUUCGUUCAGAAAGCAAACCUUAAUUCCCACAUGAGAGUUCACACUGAAGAGAAGCCGUUCACUUGUGAUCAGUGUGAAAAGACUUUCAAAUAUAAAGAAUCCCUUAAUUCCCACAUUCAGAGAGAACACUUGGGAGAGAACCGUCUCAGUUGUAAAGUAAGCCUCAACACUGGAGUGAAGCCUUUCGUCUGCAAGCUGUGUGGGAAGAGCUUCGCAUAUAAAGCACAUUUUGAUUGCCACAUGAGAAGUCACACUGGAGAGAAGCCUUACACCUGCAAACAAUGUGGGAAGAGCUUCUCCCAUAAAGGAAAUCUUACAGCUCACUUGAAAACUCACACUGGAGAGAAGCCAUUCAAGUGUCUUGAGUGUGGAAAAUGUUUUACACGUUCAGUAACCCUUACUUACCACAUGACGCUUCACUCAACAGAGAACAGCUUUAAUUGUCGCCAGUGUGGAAAGAGUUUCCCAGACAAGAGACGCCUUAAAUGGCACUUAAAAAUUCACUCCCGAGAGAUGCCUUUCACAUGCCAUGACUGUGGAAAGAGUUUCAGAUUUAAAGGAAACCUUAAGACUCACAUGAAAGUUCACACUGGAGAGAAGCCUUUCUCCUGCACUCACUGUGGAAAGAGUUUCAGUCAGAAAAUAACACUUGAUGUUCACACGAGGCUUCACACUGGAGAGAAACCUUUCACGUGUCUUCGGUGCAAGAAGAGUUUCACAUAUAAAAGAGACCUGAAACGUCACCAAUGCAUUCAAUCUGGAGGAAGGCAAUUUAACUGUGAUCAGUGUAAUAAAAAAUUUCUUUUGCCGUCACACUUACAGAUACAUCUGAAAAGACAUGCAGAAGUGAGACCACAUGUGUGUUCGUUGUGUGGAAAGAGAUUUAAAUGGCUCGGCGGUUUAAAAUGGCACCAGAAAAUUCGCAUCUGUGUGAAAGUAAGGCUACGUUCACGCCGCAGCUGAAUGUGAUUGUCCACCUUGAUGACCAUUUGCAUUCUUCGCCUCUUUAUAAUUUAACUUUAUAGCUUUUUUUAUUAUUAUUUUGUCUUAUACAUGUGAACUCCUGUGGCUGCACCUACAUCUUCUCUUCUAUAGUUUGGUUGUUCUCAAAAAAAGUGAACUUUCUGAAUUCAUCUUUUAAACUUUUUUUUUGCAGAUUUUUACAUUUUACAGCUAUAUUACACCCUUCUUUCUUUCUGUGAAAGAUGCUGCAAUGUAAAUGAAAGAUUAUAAAUAAAAGGAUAUGAGUGAAACAAUGAA